ACCACUACUCCUGCAGCAGCUGUCACCACCACCACUCCUGCAGCAGCUGUCACCACCACCACUCCUGCAGCAGCUGUUACCACCAUCACUCCUGCAGCAGCUGUCACCACCACCACUCCUGCAGCAGCUGUCACAACCACUACUCCUGCAGCAGCUGUCACAACCACCACUCCUGCAGCAGCUGUUACCACCACCACCACCACUCCUGCUGUCGCAUCAACUGACCCUCCAUCUUCUAGUGAAGGAACCCUGGGUCUUCAGUUCAGUCUCAACCAGACGUUCAACUCAAAUCUUUCCAACCCGUCCUCUUCAGAGUUCAAGACUCUGGCUUUCAAAGUGCAAUCUGAAGUGAACAAGGCUUAUGCUGGGACCCCAGGCUUCAAUCGUUCUAUUGUCAACUCAUUCAGCAGUGGAUCUGUAGUUACUGACAUGACCCUCGUGUUCGACAAGCAGACUUCGGUUCCCAGCUCAAGCAACGCACAGACAAUUCUCACCAACAGUUCCACCUCCCUGAACAUUCUACCAGGCAGCAUCAGGGUUGAUGUUGCCACAACCACUCCUGCAGCAGCUGUUACCACCACCACUCCUGCAGCAGCUGUUACCACCACCACUCCUGCAGCAGCUGUCACCACCACCACUCCUGCAGCAGCUGUCACAACCACCACUCCUGCAGCAGCUGUCACAACCACCACUCCUGCAGCAGCUGUCACCACCACCACUCCUGCUGUCGCAUCAACUGACCCUCCAUCUUCUAGUGAAGGAACCCUGGGUCUUCGGUUCAGUCUCCACCAGCCAUUCAACUCAAAUCUUUCCAACCGGUCAUCUUCAGAGUUCAAGACUCUGUCUGCCAACGUGGUCACUAACGUGAACAAGGUUUAUGCUGGGACGCCAGGAUUCAAUCGUUCUAUUGUCAACUCAUUCAGGAAUGGAUCUGUAGUUACCGACAUGACCCUCGUGUUCGACAAGCAGUCUUCGGUUCCCAGCUCAAGCAACGCACAGACAAUUCUCACCAACAGUUCCACCUCCCUGAACAUUCUACCAGGCAGUAUCAGUGUUGAUGUUGCCACAACCACUCCUGCAGCAGCUGUUACCACCACCACUCCUGCAGCAGCUGUUACCACCACCACUCCUGCAGCAGCUGUCACCACCACCACUCCUGCAGCAGCUGUCACAACCACCACUCCUGCAGCAGCUGUCACAACCACCACUCCUGCAGCAGCUGUUACCACCACCACUCCUGCUGUCGCAUCAACUGACCCUCCAUCUUCUAGUGAAGGAAUCCUGAGUCUUCGGUUCAGUCUCGACCAGCCGUUCAACUCAAAUCUUUCCAACCCGUCCUCUUCAGAGUUCAAGACUCUGGCUUUCAAAGUGCAAUCUGAAGUGAACAAGGCUUAUGCUAAGACCCCAGGCUUCCGUCGUUCCAUUGUCAACUCAUUCAGGAGUGGAUCUGUAGUUACCGACAUGACCCUCGUGUUCGACAAGCAGUCUUCGGUUCCCAGCUCAAGCAGCGCACAGACAAUUCUCACCAACAGUUCCACCUCCCUGAACAUUCUACCAGGCAGCAUCAGUGUUGGGUCAUCAACCACAUCAGGAAGUGCUCCCCGACCCACUGCCUUCACUCUGGCUGCCUUGCCUCUCAGUUUGGCUCUGUUAAUGGUACAGCUGUUGGCUAGCUAAUAGCCUGGGGCAUAGCUGCUGUGGCUCUGCUAGCUGCUAGGCUAGCUAAUAGCCUGGGGCAUAGCUGCUGUGGCUCUGCUAGCUGCUGGCUAACCAAUAGCCUGGGACAUAGCUGCUCUGGCAUUGGUUUAACCAAUCAAUGGUUUCCCAGCUCUCAUAGAUACAGCCUUAAAGCUAGAAUCCUUAGUUGCUACACCCAUUUUUUGACCAAUAAAUUAAUUAUAUCUACCCAUUGAUUCUAGAAGAAUGUAACAUAUGAAUGCCUCAUGAGUUUAGCUCAACUGUCGUACCCCAUCAGAACCCAAAAUAUAAGCUUGUUUUACUCCAAUGUUUCUAAACAAUGCAAACAAACACUGUAUAGCUUUAAAACAUUAUUAAAACUAUAAUUCUGA